GAAGUCAACGGGUCAACUGGGAAAGGAACUACUGUCGUUACAGAGAAGAAAAAGCGUCGAAGAAAGAAGAGGCCAGAGGAGGAGCAAUUUGUGCCAGAGCCUCCAAAACCAAAAAUCGUCAUAACAAAGGAGGAUAAAAGAAAUAAAACACUAUGGAGACAUAUCAUGUGGCUUAUCGUUCUAUUCGCAUAUUCGCUUCUAGGAGGACUGAUUUUUAGUGCCAUUGAAGGAGGGAAUGAUCGAUCUAUCUUGGUGAUGGAGUACGAAAGGAAUUUGGACUUGUUCAAAAGACGUCGUUCUUACCAGGAACAACUAUUCAAGAGGUAUUACUUACUGCUUUGCGCUUUUUACACCAUGCAAAUAUCUACAUAA